CCGAGCUCCUGUGCGCGCGGGCUCUCGCAGCGGCUCAACCCCUCCUCCUCCUCCUCCUCCUCCUCCUCCGCCAAAGAUGUCGCAUGAGCGUCUCCUCUCACCGCGGCGUUUCUUUUCUUUUUUUCUGCUCUUUUUCUCCCCGUGUCCUUAACAGUGAACCGAAUUCGGUCAAAUUAGCGGCCCUCACCACCGGGAGCAUCUAGCCCUCGUCCGGGCGCACUGACUGCCCCCCCGCCAUCCCGACAACGGAGGUGUUUAAACCCUCAACCCGGCGCAUCCUUUCUCUCUCUCUCUCUCUCUCUCUCUCUCUCUCUCUCUCUCUCUCUCGCUCUCUCUCUCGCGCGCUCUCUCUCGCGCUCUCUCUCUCCUCAACCGCCGCAGAACUCCGCCGACCAACCGUCAGGUGACCGCGCGGAGCGGAAUAUUCAUCAGCACCGUCGUCGUCUUUCAUCCCUCCACUCCUUCGGACUCCAGGCAACCGGAGCUGCCGCAGCCCCGGCCCCCCCUGUAUCCUCUCAUCCGGUUUGGGACAUUCUCCGCUCCACGCACACACAGAUUAACGGGGAUUCUGCCUCCCCGCCCGCGCGCUGAUGCUGAUGUCCUUGAGCUCGGCCUGCACGGUCCUGGUGGUGCAGCAGUAGCUACCUCUGAACUGGAUCCACUUCCUGUCUCUGAUUUAUCAGCCUUCUUGCCCUGCUCGCCCCUCUCUCCAUCCGUCCAUCGUCCCUCCAUCCCCAUCUGUGAGUCCGUCAGCCCGUCCGCCCGUCCGUCCAUGGACUGGCCGUGACCCUGGAGGGAGGGGGACAGAAACGAGGAAAGAGCAGAGUCGCAGAGGAGACGAAGGAAAAGAAAGCUGGAUUCAUUCAGACAUCACGCUUCUGAAGUGCCCCUGCUCGCUGUCCUUGAUCCCCCUCACCCUCCUCCUCCUGUUAUGGAGAAUUAAAGGAGCAGUGGGAGGCUAGGCCGAGAUAGUGAGGAGAAAAAAAAAAUUCAACCAACGGCCCUUCAUUGCCCUUAAAUAAAAUUUAAAAAGGGUUUAAGUGAAUCGUUAUAUUUGCACAUUUUUAAGUAAGAAAUCAAGACAGAACUGAGAUUCUGACUGUUGAGCACAUGAACAACCCGCCACCAACCAAACGAAAGGGGAACUGAGUUAAGGACAGACUACGGAGAGAAAGAAGGACCAAAACAGAAAAAAAACCCUUACUGACAUGUCAACAACAGCCACGAUGGGUGAAAUGGCAAACAGUGCUGUGGAGUUUUAUCCCAAAGGGACUCGAGGCGGGGGCGGAGGAGGAGUAAGGGCAGAUGGCAGCCAUGCAGGGGGGGACUUCGGGGUCACGGUGGAGGAGCUCAGGGAGCUGAUGGAGCUCAGAGGGACCGACGCCCUGCAGAAGAUCCAGGAAAGCUACGGAGACACAGAGGGGCUCUGCCAGAGACUACAGUCCAGCACCACUGAAGGUCUCAGUGGGGACCCGGCAGACAUGGAGCGUCGGUACCAAACAUUCGGCCAAAACUUCAUCCCCCCAAAGAAGGCCAAGACUUUCCUGGAGCUCGUUUGGGAGGCCUUACAGGACGUCACUCUCAUCAUCUUGGAGGCUGCCGCCAUCAUCUCCCUCGGCCUCUCUUUCUACCAGCCUCCCGGAAAGGAAAGCGAAGCAUGUGGGAACGUGUCGGGGGCUGCAGAGGAUGAAGGCGAGGGUGACACCGGCUGGAUUGAGGGUGCGGCCAUCCUGCUGUCUGUCGUGUGUGUCGUCCUGGUGACGGCAUUUAACGACUGGUCCAAAGAGAAGCAGUUCCGGGGUCUACAGAGUCGGAUCGAGCAAGAACAGAAGUUCACUGUCGUGCGGAAAGGAAAUGUCAUCCAGAUCCCCGUGUCUGACAUGGUGGUGGGGGACAUGGCCCAGGUCAAAUACGGGGACCUUCUGCCAGCUGACGGUAUCUUGGUCCAAGCCAACGACCUGAAGAUAGAUGAGAGCUCUCUUACCGGAGAGUCUGACCACGUACGCAAGUCUGUGGAUAAGGACCCCAUGCUGCUCUCGGGUACCCAUGUGAUGGAGGGCUCGGGCAGGAUGCUGGUGACAGCUGUGGGUGUCAACUCGCAGACGGGCAUUAUCUUCACCCUGCUGGGUGCUGGAGAGAUGGAGGAAGAUGGGAAGGAGAAGAAAGGAAAACAACCUGAUGGAGCUGUGGAGAACAAUCAGAACAAAGCCAAGAAACAGGAUGGGGGUGUUGCCAUGGAGAUGCAACCCCUGAAGAGUGCAGAGGGAGGGGAAGUAGAAGACAGAGAGAAGAAGAAGACCAGCGUUCCCAAGAAAGAGAAGAGCGUGUUGCAGGGCAAGCUCACCAAACUGGCUGUUCAGAUUGGCAAAGCAGGUUUGGUGAUGUCGGCCAUCACCGUCAUCAUUCUGGUGCUGUACUUCGUCAUCAACACGUUUGUCGUUGAAGGUCACACGUGGUUGACAGAGUGCACUCCGGUCUACAUCCAGUACUUUGUCAAGUUCUUCAUCAUUGGAGUCACUGUGCUGGUAGUGGCUGUCCCUGAGGGCUUACCUCUCGCUGUCACCAUCUCUCUGGCUUACUCUGUCAAGAAAAUGAUGAAGGACAACAACCUUGUACGGCACCUGGAUGCGUGCGAGACCAUGGGCAAUGCCACGGCCAUCUGCUCUGACAAGACCGGCACCCUCACCACCAACCGCAUGACUGUGGUGCAGAGUUUCUUAGGUGAUGUGCACCACCGUGUGGUCCCGGACCCUGGACAGAUCAACCCCCGGACGCUGGAUCUAUUAGUCAAUGCUAUCGCUAUCAACAGCGCCUACACCUCCAAGAUCUUACCGCCUGAUGUGGAGGGGGGUCUGGCUAAGCAGGUGGGCAACAAGACGGAGUGUGGCCUGCUGGGAUUUGUAUUAGACCUACAGCAGGACUACAGCCCUGUUAGAGAGCAGAUCCCCGAGGAGAGACUGUACAAGGUGUAUACGUUCAACUCGGUGCGUAAAUCCAUGAGUACGGUGAUCAAGCUGCCUGACGGUUCCUUCCGCCUCUACAGCAAAGGAGCCUCUGAGAUCUUGCUGAAGAAGUGUUCCUACAUCCAAGAUGCCAAUGGAGAAGCGCGCAUUUUCCGCCCACGUGACAGAGAUGAAAUGGUCAAACAGGUGAUUGAGCCAAUGGCAUGUGAGGGGUUGAGGACCAUCUGCAUUGCAUACCGUGACCUGGCGUCCAAUCCGGAGCCGGACUGGGAAAACGAGGCAGAAAUAGUGACAGAGCUGACCUGCAUCACUGUGGUUGGGAUAGAGGACCCCGUGCGACCUGAGGUGCCUGAGGCCAUCCGUAAGUGUCAGCGUGCAGGCAUCACGGUGCGGAUGGUGACUGGUGAUAACAUUAACACAGCCAGGGCCAUCGCUGCUAAAUGUGGCAUCAUCCACCCUGGAGAUGACUUUAUCUGUAUAGAGGGCAAAGACUUCAACCGACGAAUCAGGAAUGAGAAAGGAGAGAUCGAACAGGAACGUAUUGACAAAAUCUGGCCCAAACUCCGCGUGUUGGCUCGAUCCUCGCCAACCGACAAACACACACUGGUUAAAGGCAUCAUCGACAGCACCGUCCUAGAGCAGAGGCAGGUUGUUGCAGUAACAGGAGAUGGAACCAAUGACGGACCAGCUUUGAAGAAGGCUGAUGUGGGCUUUGCCAUGGGUAUUGCGGGGACAGACGUGGCCAAAGAGGCGUCUGACAUCAUCCUGACUGAUGACAACUUCAGCAGCAUUGUCAAGGCGGUGAUGUGGGGACGAAAUGUCUACGAUAGCAUCUCCAAGUUCCUGCAGUUCCAGCUCACGGUCAACGUGGUGGCUGUCAUAGUGGCCUUCACCGGGGCAUGCAUCACCCAGGACUCUCCUCUGAAGGCGGUGCAGAUGCUGUGGGUGAAUCUGAUCAUGGACACGUUUGCUUCUCUGGCCCUGGCGACCGAGCCCCCCACUGAGGCCCUGUUGCUACGGAAACCCUACGGGCGCAACAACCCGCUCAUCUCACUGACCAUGAUGAAGAACAUCCUGGGCCAUGGAGUGUACCAGCUGAUCAUCAUCUUCACGCUGCUGUUCAUAGGCGAGCACAUUUUUAACAUCGACAGCGGCCGCAACGCUCCGCUCCACUCCCCUCCCUCUGAGCACUACACCAUCAUCUUCAACACCUUCGUCCUCAUGCAACUUUUCAACGAGAUCAACGCUCGCAAGAUCCACGGAGAGAGAAACGUAUUUGACGGCAUAUUUGCCAACCCCAUCUUCUGCUCCAUCGUUGUGGGGACCUUCGCCGUGCAGAUCGUGAUUGUGCAGUGGGGAGGGAAGCCCUUCAGCUGCGCCCCUCUCAACAUAGAGCAGUGGCUCUGGUGUCUGUUCGUGGGAGUCGGAGAGCUGCUUUGGGGGCAGGUGAUCGCCACGGUGCCGACAGAGCGGCUGCCAUGCCUGAAGGAGGCGGGGCUGGGCCUGGAGCCAGGGGAGGAGGAAGGGGAGGAGAUGGCGGAGGAUGAGGAGGAGAUCGACUGCGCUGAGAGAGAGCUGCGCCGCGGACAGAUCCUUUGGUUCAGAGGCCUCAACCGCAUCCAAACCCAGAUGCGAGUGGUGAAAGCAUUCCGUAGUUCGCUGUACGAGGGCCGGGAGAAACCGGAAUCCCGCAACUCCAUCCACAACUUCAUGGCCCACCCGGAGUUCCUCAUCAACGACCUCAUCCACAACAUCCCGCUGAUUGACGACACUGACGUGGACGACGAAUCAGAGCUCAGCAGAUACCAGCACCUGCACCCGGCCCUCCGCAAGCCGCCGCCCCCUCCCACCCAGCCCCCCCCGGCCCGCACCCGCCCCACCCGCCCCUACCGGCAGUACAGCCUCCCGGUGACCCCGUGCAACCGAAACAACAACAACAACAGCAGCAGCAGCAGCAGCAGCAGCAGCAGCAGCAGCAUCAGUUCAACAGUCACCCACGGCAACAAAAACAGCAGCAACGCAGUUACCCCCAGCAACCGGAGCCCCCAUCACCACCACCGCCACCAACACCACCAUAACCAUCAUGGCAGGGACAGGCCGGUGAAACCCUCCGCCCCUCACCUGGCCCAUCUUUACUGCGUGGAGACCUCCUUAUAACUGAGCUGAACGUGGGUCGGGGGGAGAGGAGAAGGGGAACGGAGUCUUGGGGAGGGGGAGGAAAGGGGAGCGGAAGAGAGGGCUGAGGACACACACAUGACAUUUUCAUCCAGUCUCCCUUACAACAAGCUAACACGAGGGAGCGAGGGAGCGAAGGACGAGGGAGGUACAGGAGGGAGUGGACAAUGGCUGGAGACUUCUGCUCGCAACUCCCUGAGAACAUUGCGACUUUCCCUCCCUUUGCCCUUGCUCCAGCUCUCUCAGUCUGACCCCCCUGACACCACCGCCCCCGCCCCCCCUCCACCCUCGAACCCACCGCCCCGUCUGUCGCCCUCCCUGAAGAACCCGCCCACCCCACCCCGCCUGACCUCACGCACACUCGUCACACACACGCACAGGUCUGCUCUCGCUGCGUUGUCCCGAGCGACGGUGGGUUGGGGAGGGAAGGGGGACGGACAUCCAAAAAAAAAAAAACGACACAUCCCUCAACGCUUCAGCAGAACAGGGCCAGAGGCUGACUCACUCUGUUUCUAUUGGUGUUCAUCAUUAAUGUUGUUGUCAUUACCCACCUACCUGCCAUGGCACCAUAUCACCACCACCAUUGUUUAUCUAGCCACUUUUAAGUCACUACUUUGCUAGCGAUAUAAGUAAAACGCUUUGUUAAAGCUUUAAUUAGGCUUCAGUCGAUUCCAUCCUCUGAUUCAUUUCUUUCUCAACAUAAUGGUGCUCAUUCAUUUCUUUCUUUUACAUUGGUUUAUCUCUUUUUCUGUUCUCUUUCUCUGAAAUUUGACAUAUUUUCUUUUCUUUCAUUCCUCUUUCUCUUUCAGUGUGUGUAUGUGUAUUGUCUUGUCUCUUCUGAAAAAAAAACAAACAAAAACUUAACAAAAACAGAAAUUGCAAACAAAGAUACUGUUCAUUUAAACCUAAUAGUAAAUAGAAUGGCUGCAAAAAAACAACUAAAGGGGGUGGGGGGAAUACAUAUAUAUACAGUAUAUGUAUAUGUAUAUAUAAUUUGAAUGUUUGGGAAGCGACAACACAGAACUCUUCAUGUUCAUCACUGUUCUUUUUCCAGCCAAACCUGCCCAAUCUUUGAACGCCGCCCCAUACGUCCACAUGACCUGUUAUCUGUAAUACUGUCCGCCCUGCUAUGAGAUGAUACAGUGUGUGGCAUCUCACAUUAAUGGUGAUGUAUACAUGUAUCCAUACAUUAGCCCCCCACAGGACUAACUUAAUUUACAGCCUCCUGCCAUGUUGAUAAACUGAUGAGUAUGUAUGGGUAACAUCUAUGGACAUCGCCCAUGGGUGACGUCCUCUUCCGGUCUCUUCAUUUCUGUUACGUGUUCCAUCAUUUUCUCUCUUCCUGUUCCUCGGUCCAUUUUGUUGUUUCCUUUGCUCGCUUUGUCUCGUCUCGUUCCUUCUGGUCUUUCGUUGGUGGGCAUGUGUGUGCGUCAGCUUUUUUUGGGGAAAAAAGCUGAAUGGUUGUGAAGCAUUAACCCUUUAAAUGCCAUCAAACACACAAUGCACAGGCGAUGGCCCUUUAAGACUAACUGUACUCACUUCAAACCCGCUUCUGCUCACGUGCCAUUGGGUCGUCUCCAUCAUGUACCAGUGCCCGCUCCAUGACUACUGUGGACAAAGAGAUUGUUUCAUUUGAUCUGUUGGAUGUUCGAUCCAGUCAGUUUUACAGAGAAGAAAAAUGAUGUUGAAAAGCAACCAAACACUCGAACAAUCAGGCCAAUGUCUAAUGUCAGUGUUCAGUUUUAGCUUUAGGCCCAAAGCCCGCUCAGAUCUAUCAGGUACGACCAAUGAGAGCUUAUGUGUCAUGUCUUUGUGUCAAAUACUGUGCAUUCCCCAUCAUCAUGAUGUACAAUUCGUUGAUUGGGAUACCUUAAAGGAACAGUUUUACAAUUUGGAAAAUGUGCUUUCAUUCUCUUUCUUUGCCGAGAGUUACGCGACAAGGUUGAUACCACUCUCAUGUCUGUACGCUAAAUAUGAGGCUACAGCCAGCAGCAGGUUAGCAUAGGUUAGCAUAAAGACUGGAAAUGGGGGGAAACAGACAUUACACAGUGUUAAACUAAUAGUGGGAUUGUGGUGACAGUGGAUUGUGCUGCAGGAGGCUGUUCAGCCAGCACCAUCACACCUGCGGCAAACACCGUCACUGCUGCUAGCUACAGUAGCUAGGAAGCUCAUCAUCAUAUAAUGGGCAAGUGUUGAUUUUAGCAAAAAGGAAUUAAUUAUUUUUAAUUGGUUAAUCCAUCCAUCCAUUUUAUGCUGCUUAUCCGGGUCCCGGUCGCAUUCAUUAAAUUCAUUUUAUCAUUCAGAAUUAUUGUCAUAUACUGCUAGGAAGUGCUGAAAAAUGUGACUUUGGACAUUAUGGCCAUGAAACAGGCAUUAAAUUGCAUUUUAUGUGGUGUUAAAAAGGUCUUAAUUUAACUUGCAAAACCACAGUGUAAAAACAACAAGUCGUGCUUUUAUGGAGGGCUAUGUGCUGGACGAUUUCUUGGCCGGGCUCAGUAACGUCCUGGAGUCUUGUCAUAAUAGUCCGGCACAUGACCCCACGUAAAACCAUGUUUCAUUCAAUCCCCCUUACGAGUGUGGAUUAAACAAAUGAGCUAAAAUGUGUUAAUCAGUGAGUUUUAGAAGUGCUGGUAGAGGGAUUUUGAUACUUUCGGACAGAGCCAGGCUCGCUGUUUCCCCGUUUCCAGCCUUAUGCUAAGCUAAGCUAACCGGCUACUGGCUUCACCUUCGCACUGAAUGGACAGAAAUGAGAGUGGUAUCAAUCCUCUCAUUUAACUCUCGGGAUGACGCGAAUAAGCGUAUUUCCCAAAAUGUUGAACUGGUGCUUUAAGACAUAUCACGUUGAAGCUGUCCAUAUAAAAGGGCAUAACACACUGCAUGAGCACACCCCAACAACAACAACAAAACAAAAAAAUCAACAAAAAAAAAAUCACAGAAACCAUUUGGAUAGCGACCCGUGACGACGGGUGCAGCGCUCGUGACAUCACAUUCCACCGUGACCUCGCCGAAUUCCACCUCAACAUUCCAUGGAACACACAUUCCAGACACCGCAUCACAUUCCAGACCGGGUGUGAGAGUGUUCUCCUGUAUCCCACGUUGCACUAGGUGUGGGUGAACCGCUGACUUCAUGUUGCCUCUGAGCGUGACUGCAAAGCAAACCUGGACACCCAACCCCCCCCCCCCCAGUUAUCCCCUGUUGACUUCCCUGAGUUAUCAACUGGUCCCACCACCAGAGAAAUGCAAGGGCAGACAAUAUGCAACAGACUGCCAUGUCAACACCUGUACCCAGACGUAGGAUUAGAAAUACAGUCUAACAGAGAUGUUAACACACGCAAACACAGCGAGAGAACAUGUCUGUCCUGCUAGUUCUGUUUGAGGAUGCACGCAGGGCUCUCUGGGAACACCCUUACCUGUACAGAACUCUGUCUUCUUGAAUGCUCAUCAUCAUCGCCACCGCCCUGACCUGACCCGUCGGAGCAGGCGGGUGGUGACACUGUAUUGGUCUGUCUGUUUUGAAGCAUGCAUUUGGUAUCAUUAAUGUCACUCUAUGUGUUGGUAAAUCAUUUAGGCUACUGUCACUACUGUGUGCUAUGAUCUCUCCACAUCUGCUCUCUUCCUCUCUCUCUCUCUCUCUCUCUCUCACACACACACAUACACACACACACUCAUAUCCUGUUCAAGUCUAACCUAUUUCAGCACCUCUUAGCACAGCUCUAUCAAUGCUUUCUGCGGUAUACAAAAACACACAGGAGUACAUACACACCGAACAACAGGCCGAUAAUCUGCAGUGGUGUAAAUUUGACUGUCCAGUUCCAGCCAUCUCUGUCCAUCCGUCCAGCCACGUUACAUCAUGAUGUUGUGAGACAGUUUCACAGAAGGCAAAACACAAUGUGAAAAAGAAUAUAUUAUAUUUAUCAAAAUUAUAAAUUGUACAACUGCACCACUACUGUACAGAUCGCCCAAAUGUGCAUCUUUGAUUUACAGGUACUAUGUUCCUGUUACACUUUUUAUUUUUGAUGUUUCUUUCUUUUAAUCCUAUUGCUUUUUGUAAAGAGAGGAACAACAAAAUGGAAGCGCUUGUAUAUUAUUAUUAUUAUUAUGGUUAUUUUUUGAUUUUCUCCACCGGUGCUCCCACUGAUGGAAAAAGACAGUUGCACAUUCUCCUGAGCAUAUUCUGAGGGCUGUGUUUUCUGUCCACUGAACAGCCCCUGAAGUGUGCAGAGGUGAGGAGAUGCUUAUAGUCUCUUAAGACCAGAGACACCACUCUGUAAAUAGAGAACCGGAGAUACAAAUGUACCUCAUUAUGAUCUAAAGGACUGGACAAAGUGGGGGCCCAGGGAAGAUGGAGAACUGGAGGGUGAUGCAGAGCUAGAGACUGCAGAAGUGCAAUGCAUCCGUGCAUUGUUUAGGCUGCCCUUUUAGAUCUGCUACAAGUAUUUACUGCCAUGUUACGAUGGGAAGAAAUUAAGGUUUUACAUUAUUCAUUAUACAUACAGUUGUAAAUAUUGUGUGUGGAAUGGUCCCCCUUCUUGCACAACGCAGUGCUGUUCUGCAGACAGAAAAUGCAGCCUUAACUGUGCUGAAAUGAAAAAAGACCAAAAAAAAAAAGAAGUAAAAAACCAUAAAGACUAUUGAAUAUAUUAAAGAGUUACCUGCCUGUUAUUUAAGCGAAUAAAUAUCUAUAUAUGAGAAAGAACACACCUGUAUACUGUAGACUAAAUCUGUAUGGAAAUCUAAGAGAAUUUAAUGGGAAUUAAGUCCAACACCUUUUGUCUGUAUGAAAGAAAAAAAUACAUCAAAGUAUUCUACAAUAAUAACUUUGACAAAGUC